CGGUUUUCUUAGCGGUCUAGUUCGACACAGCGUCCUCGCUCUUCUUGUUUGCUAAGUUCUCGGUGGAAAUAGUUCUAAUAACACUUUUACAAAAAUGACGGAUGUUUCGGCAAACACUGAAAAGACCCCAGUCACCACCAAUGAAAAAGAGGUCGAGUCGGACGAGGCAACGCCACUAGUAGCGCCGGCCGAUGCUACAGAGGAAACCAACACCACCGACAAAACCGCCGCCGACUCCGCGGAACUAACUGACGGUGCCGAAGCUACCGGUACGGAAGCCGCGGAAAAGAACGGCGACGACGAGGUGGCCAAGAAAGACAAAGACAACGGUGUUGCCACGGAGGAGGACGCUGCCGCCGAGGCCGAACCGAAAGAGUCCUCGAACGAAGUUGAAGAGGAGGGUAAGGAGCUGGACGGUGCAGACAAAACCGCCGAGGCCACCAAGAGGAAAGCCACCGAAGCGAAGGACGGUGCGGCCGUAGAGGUCGACGGUGCUGAGCACACGACGCCCGAGAAGAAGGCCAAACUAGACGACAGCAGCGACGCCAAAGCUGCCGAGGAAGUUUCCACUUAGAACCCUAUAUAAACUAACUUUAUAUUAAUCAUCGUAAAAUGUCUCGAUACAAACCUUCAUACAUUCAAUAAACUAUUCUUUUCUGGAGUAACA